AUACAUUAUUCCCAGCAGUAUUGGCAGCUGCAGCUGGACGGACGACGGCGCACGGCGCCACCGGGCCACAUGGAGCUCCUGCGGGACAGCAUCCCCAUGGUGUCCCUGGCUGUCCUGGUGGCCGCGGUGUGCGCGCGCGCCGCGUCCUCGUGGCUCCGCCCCGGCCUCCGCCGUCUCGUGUCGUUGCUCCCGGUGGUCGCCUUCCUUGCUGCGGCUCCCCUGGUCUUCUCCUCUGCAAACAUCCGGGGACUCGCAGGCUUCUUCCUCGGGUGGCUCGGCGUGUUCAAGGUCGUCCUCCUGGCCGUCGGCCGCGGCCCGCUCGACCCCGCGCUCCCGGUUGUCCCGUUCGUCUUCACCACAGCGCUCCCCGUUAAGCUCAGAGGCUGCUGCGGCAGCGGCACCGGCACCGGCGCUGCCGGAGCCGGAGCAGCCGCGUGCAGCAGGGCCAAAUCGGCGUCCCUCGUUUCGUGCGCGGUCAAGGUCGCCGUCUUGGCCGCCAUCCUCCAUGCCUACCAGUACGUGAACCAGCUGCAUCUCUACGUUCGCCUCGCUCUGUACGGCGUCCACAUGUACUGCUUCUUGGACUUCCUCCUCCCCUGCAUCGCGGCAGCCGGCGGCGCGCUCGGCAUGGAGAUGGAGCCGCAGUUCGACCGCCCGUACCUGGCGUCGUCCCUGCGCGACUUCUGGGGACGGCGGUGGAACCUCAUGGUGUCGGCCAUCCUCCGGCCGUCAGUCUACGACCCCGUGCGCGCGGGCGCCGGGAAGGCACCGGCCGUCCUGGCCACGUUCCUCGUGUCCGGGCUGAUGCACGAGGUCAUGAUGUACUAUCUCGCCCUGCGACCACCCACCGGCGAGAUGACGGCCUUCUUCCUGCUCCAUGGCGUGUGCUGUGUUGCCGAGGAGUCGUGCGCGCGGCGGUCGGCGGAGUCGGGGUGGCGGCCGCCGCCGCGACCCGUGGCUACGCUGCUCGUGAUGGUGUUCGUGGCCGGCACGGCAUUCUGGCUCUUCUUCCCGCCAAUUUGCAGGGAAGGAACGGAGGAGUUGCUGCUGGAGGAGUGGGCAGCGGUGGGGGCGUUCUUCAACGACGCCGGCCGAAAGCUGCUCCCGUAUGUUUAGCCCAUCAAGUCUGUUCGCUUGACAUUAUUAUGGCUUAUCAGGCAAACCAAUUACCUUGAAACUCGGCACGGCAUUCGUGCUGCGCCAGCUUAGGCCUUGUUUAGAUGCGAAAAGAUUUUGGAUUUUGUUAUUGUAGCACUUUCGUUUGUUUGUGGUAAAUCUCCUAUAUACACAACUAAAAAGACUAGAAGAUGGACAUUUUUUUUGUGCCGCAAUCGCUUUCGUCCGUCUGCCUCGCCGUGCGUCCGCGCCUCCGCAUGGCUACUAUGGAAACAUCCUGCAGACUCCCCUCCCCUUUCCUAUCUUGUCUGCACGGGCGCCCAAUCCUUGCGCCAAUCUCCUCCGUGAGAGCGCCCCAAUCCCUCCGUCAGCAGCAAGAGAGCACCGUCCGCCGCGAGACCGUCAGCGAGCGAGACCCAGAGCGUCGUCCGCGCGCACAGCUACCGUCCGCGCGAGCCUCAUCCUCGAGCGCCGCCCAUGACCACUCCGCGACCGCUGUGAUCUCGGGCGGCUGCCGUCCGCACGAGCCCCGUCUCGACCGACCGCCGUCCGUCCGCGCGCGCCACCGUCCGUCCGCGCGCGCCGCCGUCCUUGCGAGCCCCGUCCUCAAGCGCCGAUCCGCUGCCGUUGUGGAUCUACAGGCCAUCUCCUCCCACCCCCUGAUUCGCUGCCAUCUGGUCUGGGAGGCCGAGUGGGCGGCAGCAGGAGCCCACAGGCGGCACGCCAAACCAGGACAGCCAUGGUCGUGGUCUUCGAGGCCGGACGGGCGACAGUAGAAGCCAGCAGGCCAAACGCAUCCAGCACCCCAGUCUGGCUCAUCGUCGCCAGCCACACCCUUUGGCCAGUUGAUUAGAGGUCCGACAGCCGGGAGUUACUCUUCUGCUCAGGUUGCCAGAAAGAAAUUUACUCAAAUCAAGCAGAAAUUGGUUGUUCUACUCAUUGUUUUUGAUCCUCACUUCUCUCCCAGGUUGGUGACUAGCUCUUUAUCGUCUAUUAGAAAGAAAUCUCAGCAAGUUUCAUUUUUUGAACAUACUAGUCAAUAGAGUUGUAACUUUGUAUGUCAGGUAGGGCAAAUAUUCUGGUAAUUAGAAUUGCAACUUUGACCAUCACUGUUCUUUCUAAAAUUUCUGAUACUUAAAAUAGAAGUGAUUGACAGAUUAUAAAUUAAAUCCAGUGUGCAUCCCCACUGUAUAGACCAGGUUUUGACAAUAUUAGAUAUUAGAAGCCUUAAGCCUACUUUUCAUACUAUUUUUAUUGCAUAUUGUAAUUUUGAAAAAAAAAAUUAUUUGGUGCUUUUUAAUCAAGGUUCAGUUUGUUUUGUUUUAGUGGCUCAAUAAGAAGUUAUAUUUGUGGUUAUCUCAUUAUCAGGAUGAACCCACUGUAAUCAUUCUUAUUUCUUAAUCUGCACAUACAUCUAGCAAGAGAUAAACUUGCUUUAAAUACAAUCUAAGCUUUACAGUUUACUCUACCUUUGAGGUUCAAACUCGUAGCUGAACUUGAUUGACGUGCUCAACCACCAAGGCCUCAUUCCAUAAUUUAGUUAUACAAGACACAGAGCACCUACAAGUCAUUGUUUUUUCUGAUAGGAAUUCUUUUGUUAUUUGUCUUUUGGUUUUUGUCCAACACUUGUCAUCGAUACAAACUGAACUGUAUGUGGUAUUCUUUUUGUCAAGCUAGAGCACUGAAUCGUCGUGAUAAUUUCAAUAUGACAGGUAAAGAGAA